ACCAAUUGAUUUCAGAUAUUUCGUUUAAAUACAGUGGUGGAAAGUUGAAAAGUACAGUGGAAAAAGUAGGCGUCGUCAAUUGAAAUUCGUCUGUCAUUGUGCCAAGUAGUAGUUUUGCGGAGCUCGAAAAAAAAUUCAUCCAUUUCCAUAAAAGAAAGUAUUAAUUAAUUAAUCAAUCAGAAUGUGUGACGAAGAGGUUGCUGCUUUAGUUGUUGACAAUGGCUCCGGUAUGUGCAAGGCCGGUUUUGCCGGUGAUGACGCACCCCGUGCCGUCUUCCCAUCGAUUGUUGGCCGUCCACGUCACCAGGGUGUGAUGGUCGGCAUGGGACAAAAGGACUCGUAUGUGGGUGAUGAGGCACAGAGCAAGCGUGGUAUUCUCACCUUGAAAUAUCCCAUUGAGCACGGCAUUGUGACCAACUGGGAUGAUAUGGAGAAGAUCUGGCACCACACCUUCUACAAUGAGCUGCGUGUGGCCCCCGAGGAGCACCCCGUGCUGUUGACCGAGGCCCCACUCAAUCCUAAGGCCAAUCGCGAGAAGAUGACUCAGAUUAUGUUUGAGACCUUCAACACUCCGGCCAUGUAUGUGGCUAUUCAGGCUGUGCUGUCCCUGUAUGCAUCGGGUCGUACCACUGGUAUCGUUCUGGAUUCUGGUGACGGUGUCUCUCACACUGUGCCCAUCUAUGAGGGUUACGCCCUGCCCCAUGCCAUUUUGCGUCUGGAUUUGGCUGGUCGCGAUUUGACCGACUACUUGAUGAAGAUCUUGACUGAGCGUGGCUACUCUUUCACCACCACCGCUGAGCGUGAAAUUGUCCGUGAUAUUAAGGAGAAAUUGUGCUAUGUCGCUUUGGACUUUGAGCAGGAGAUGGCCACAGCUGCUUCAAGCUCGUCGUUGGAGAAAUCAUAUGAGUUGCCCGAUGGACAGGUCAUCACCAUUGGCAAUGAGCGUUUCCGUUGCCCCGAAUCACUGUUCCAGCCCUCAUUCUUGGGCAUGGAGGCCUGUGGUAUUCAUGAGACUACCUACAAUUCGAUCAUGAAGUGCGAUGUGGAUAUCCGUAAGGAUUUGUAUGCCAAUACCGUCCUAUCUGGUGGUACCACCAUGUAUCCAGGCAUUGCUGAUCGUAUGCAAAAGGAGAUCACCGCUCUGGCUCCGUCCACCAUGAAGAUUAAGAUUGUUGCUCCACCAGAGCGUAAAUACUCCGUAUGGAUUGGUGGCUCCAUUUUGGCUUCUCUAUCCACAUUCCAACAGAUGUGGAUCUCUAAGCAGGAGUAUGAUGAGUCUGGUCCAUCCAUUGUUCAUCGUAAAUGCUUCUAAAUAAUUCCACCCACAACAACACCAACAACAACUACGAUGAUGAUGAUGCCUGCGGCUGGCUAAAACUGGGCGUGCCUCCUCUUGACCACAACAACAACAACAACAACAAAAAAUCACGUCAGUUCGAUGAAUAGAGGAGAAAGAGAGAAAAUGCACGGGCAACCGCAUAAUGAUUGCAUUCCAAAACAAAAUAAAAACUACUUUUAUACACAGUUUUAUACAAGAAGACCAUAAAGCAUACGAUCUAAAAAAUCUAUAUUACGAUGAUGUAUGGGAAAACCUACCCACACGCACACCGACACACACACAUACACAAACACCCACACACAACAACAACUUACACAUUAAGCAAAAGCCCAUUUUGUGUUCUAAUAUCGAAAUUGAUCAAGUUCAUAAAGCACAUUGGCAUUUAUUAUAUUAUAAAAUAAUCAUAUUUGGCAUUUACAAAAUAUUAUCAAUAUACACACACACACAAAACACACACACAUUAAGCUACUUCCAUUGCAUUCCUAUUGCAUACAUUCCAAAACAAAAAGAAAAUGAAAAGCAUACAUAUUCCAUACCAUACCAUACCAUACCAUACCAUUCUCUAAUUGUAACCGCUUAGGUAAAGAAUAAAGAAAAAGCGAUGAAGAACUGAAAACAUAA